CGCCCCCGGCGGUCAGCUGGCAGAGUCUCGCGAGAUCAGGUCAGGUGACCGGGCUGUGCAUUCGGUGCGGCAGUGACGCAGCCGCCGGAAGUUCGGCACAAUGAGUUAUUCAGAAAAACCUGAUGAGAUCACAAAAGAUGAAUGGAUGGAAAAGCUUAAUAACUUACACAUCCAAAGAGCGGAUAUGAACCGUCUAAUCAUGAAUUAUCUGGUGACUGAGGGAUUCAAAGAAGCAGCUGAGAAGUUUCGGAUGGAAUCUGGCAUAGAACCCAGCGUGGACCUAGAGAGCCUGGAUGAGAGGAUCAAAAUCCGAGAAAUGAUCCUCAAAGGUCAGAUUCAGGAAGCCAUUGGGCUGAUAAACUCGCUUCACCCUGAGCUGCUGGAUACCAACCGCUACCUGUACUUCCACCUUCAGCAACAACACCUCAUAGAGCUGAUCAGACAGCGGGAAACCGAGGCAGCACUGGAGUUUGCACAGACGCAGCUGGCAGAGCAGGGUGAAGAGAGCCGGGAAUGUCUGACUGAAAUGGAACGAACUCUGGCCUUACUGGCAUUCGAUAACCCAGAGGACUCUCCUUUUGGAGACCUUCUAAACAUGAUGCAGAGACAGAAGGUUUGGAGCGAAGUCAACCAGGCUGUCUUAGAUUAUGAGAACCGCGAAUCCACACCUAAACUGGCAAAACUCCUCAAACUGCUCCUGUGGGCACAGAACGAGUUAGACCAAAAGAAAGUAAAAUACCCCAAAAUGGCUGACCUCAGCAAAGGGACAGUGGAGGAACCCAAAUAAAACCCUUCAUCAUCCCAAAUGGGACCCAGAAACAUCACCCUUCUUCAUCCUCCUGCAUUAACAGUCUGUGACUGCAAACCUUUUAACUAGUGUGCUGGAGGGCCCCUCCUUGGGGCCAUCUCCCUUUUUCUCUGACAUCGUUUCCUGUUUACAGAUGGUUCCAUGCGAGAGGCAUGGCAAGGAUGGCAGGAGGAAGAUUAUUAAACUCUGGUGCCUGCACAGACCCUGCGGUGCCUGGACCUACCAAGAAAGGUUUGGGUGCACAUCUACCACAAACUCUAGUCUAUGCAUCCGGCACAAAAAUUAGAAGUCUGUCCGUAUAUGCAGUGUUUUAAAACCGUAGCUGAGGAAAUUGAACGUUUCAGAAAUGUGUUCACGUUUAAGGAGUUAUCAUUUACUCCAUUCAUCUUGUCAGAGACCUCGGCAGCUAUUUUGGAAAUAGUAUUACAGGCCCGUUUGUUCUGUAAGCUAGAUUUCUCCAUUACUUACCUUGGCUUAGUGUUGGUUAACCUAUGGCACAAUGGCUUAUCAGAUUUCCCUUGAUCCUUAAUCAGUCACCUCUCGGGAAACGUAGGCUGUUACAGCUGCAGUGCCAAAACGGAUGCCUUCACUGCCUUAGCAAUUUUAUAGUCGUGUGACUUGUUCCAAGUUUAAGUUGUAAAUAAAGACUUUAAUUUUGGAAUUGUUCAUGCAGCUUCCGACAAAACAUCUAUAAAACUUAAAUCCCACUUUUUUUUGUGAACUAGAAAUUUGUAUAUUAUUUGUGGCCUCUGUAGUUCCCGCUUAAUAAAGUCAGAUGUUUGUGUUUCACCCUUCUGAUCUCUAAGAGCUAAGCAACGCUGGUUUAACUGUCAUAUUUUCACCCACUUAAUAGUCCAGCUUAAUGAGACUUUUUAUAAAAAAAAACAUUGAGUAUUAUCCACUUUGAAAAUAAUCCUAUUUAAGACUCCUGCUGCUCGCCUUUCUGAUAAAAUGUCUCUGAGGUUCACCAUUUCGCUUUCUUUAGUAGACUACCUUGAGUGCCAUUGUUGGUGUCGAAAUAAACCAGUUUAUAUACAGUAAACCACACAACAUUAAUGAUUUUGCAGAUUAUGCAAUAUAUAAUAAAAUCUGAAAAA